AUGCAAAAGGACGGCGCCAACGGACGGCUCACUAUCAAAUACUUUUGUUUCCAAGCGUCGCUCUCGAUGCGAAUGCUGAAAAUGCGCGGAGUUCGCAACGUGCUUCUGGCCAGUGGAACCCUUUCGCCCAUCCAGGCAUUCACCUACAACAUGGGACUGUAAGUGAGCGGUGCAUUCGGGCUCCGGGCUACUUUGGAUCUUUCAGAAACUUUGGAGCAAUCCUCGAAAAUGAGCACGCUCUGAAGCAAGUGCCCGUGCUCACUUCCGUGGUAACACGUGGCAAGUUCGGCGGAAUCACGGGCUCUUAUCAGAAUCGAUCGAAUCCAAACUACGUGGCAGAUGUGGCGGAGACACUCAUCAGAAUUAUGGACGCCACACCACAGGGUAUCAUCAUCACGUCUUCUCCCUUUCGAUUUGAUCAAAAUUCUUCCAGGCGUGCUCAUCUUCUUCUCCUCCUACUCCCAAAUGGACGAUCUCGUCGCCACGUGGAAAUCGACGAAACGAGCCGCGCAUUCGGAAGAGACGUUCUGGCAGAAAAUGGAGCGGAGCAAGAAGGUCGUUGUGGAGCCGCGGGCGAAAGAUCAGCUCACGAGCGUCCGUCUCAGCUACACGAACGGAGUGUCCGAAGCGCACGGAGCCGCGCUUUUCGCCGUGUGCCGCGGAAAAGUGAGCGAGGGAAUCGAUUUCUGCGACGCCGAGUCUCGCGCGGUGAUCAUCGUCGGCAUCCCGUAUCCGCCGAUUCACGACGAGCGAGUGGUCCUGAAGCGGCAGUUCCUCGACGAUUUACUCGGAAGGAAAGACGUGGGAACGAAGAGACAGUCCUCGCAGGAAUGGUACCAGAUGGAGGCGUUCCGGGCAGUGAAUCAGGCGAUCGGACGAGUGCUCCGACACAAAAACGACUUCGGAACGGUGGUGCUCGUGGACUCGCGGUAUGCGUCGGCGAAACUGGAAAUGUUUCCAAAGUGGCUCAGAAGCACAAUCGGGAAGGGCGAUUUGGAGAGCUGCGCGGAGAAAACGGCCCGGUUUUUCAAGGAACGGGUCGGAUUGAUCGAGACUUCGAAGUCGGAGUACGUGAAGAAACAGAGCGUUUGCAAGUCUUUCAAACAGAAACGACAGACCGCCCUUCCGGAUUCACGGUAACCGUCGCAGUCCUUUUGCGUGACAAUCCCCGCAUGAUUUCAGUUCGAACCUUUCGCAAAUCACAAUCGAAGAGAUGUUCUCUCCUGCCAACAUGCUUCUUGACCGGGAGAAGACGUCGAAACUUCCGCCGCCCCCGAAGGCCACUUCUUCUUUUUUCAGCCUCCCCACGGUAUUUGUACACACAUUGUCGAGUCUUUCAGUUAUUUUUGCGUCGUUCAGAGCGAAGACGAGUUGAAAAUCAAGGCGUGGAAGCAGGAAAACGAACAGAAACCAUCCACGUCAUCCGCAUUUUCGUCGUCGUCGAAUAAGAGGAAGUUUAAAGUGGAACACGAUAUUCAGGAGAUUCCAGUCGUGAAGAAGGAGGCACCUAAAAAGAAGAAAUUAGUGCUCAUUGUGAGAAAAUUGUUCAAAUAUAUAGGGAAAAGGGAAACAGUCGAUUUUCAGACGCGAGAGACCCUUCCCGAUCGAUUCAAGAAGGCUCUGGAGAUUCCGACUUCAGAUAUUGUCAAACAUGUAAGCAUCUUCAUUUCUACGGUCCAGAUGCGGUUUCAAUUGAGACUCAUCAAGAUCAGUUCAUACCUCGAAAACUUUAAUAGAAGGGCACCCAUUCAAAUCGAUGUAUCUCAGCUGUCUGUGAAAAUAUCAAAGAGUGGUCAACUGAUAGAAUGUGCAAAAUCUCUCAACGAUAAUUUUUUGGUUGGCAACUUUUCGAUAUAUUCACCGGCAACAGAGAUAUUUAGUCCUGAAUGAACAGCAUUGGACGCUCUGUUAUUAAAGUUUUUGUGUGGUAAUUGUGCAGAGUUAAUCGGAUAAUUGACAAUAGGACAUCGUGUCAAAACGGCGACACACCAAACUGGGUUAUUAAACGUUUUUUCUGUCUUUUUGACAAUAGCAUUAGACCCAGUGGUUUUUCGCAAAAACGCAGUAAACUUUAAGAUUUCGGACGAGAACAAAAAGCAGUUCGCUGCCACUCUGAAGGCCUACAAAUCGGCGAGCAUCCAAUGGGAAGAGGUUUUCCAACGACUCCGAUCCAUUUUCGUCCCACACAGCACGCAAUUCUUCGUCGCGUGCUCCAAUAUUUUGCGCUCGGAGGACUCGAUGAAGUUCAUCAAGAAGGCCAUCGACUUGAAAAUCUAUUAA